GAAAAGCUAUAUAAAGGGGUCUGAGCGAUUAAUUGGUCUAGAUGAGAAAAGUAGCGCGUGCUAAUAGGAACCAUGAUUUUUAUAGUUUUAAUAGUGUUGUGUUUUGUGUUCGCAAUAUGGUCGUGGGUGAAACCACGGAGUGCGACGUCACCCCCUUUGUAUCCUGGCUGUCUACCUCUCAUAGGACAUGCGUAUAAAGUUAUCGGAGACUCGAAACACAUGUGGGAGUUUGAAAAAAAAGUAUACGAGUACGUUGCAAAAAACAAGCAGGUUGUAGAAUUCCGUUUUGGAACUCAUCCGCUAUUUGUAAUAACAGAUCCGGAUGACGGCCUGAUAGUAGCAAACCACUGUUUAGAGAAACCAUUCUUUUAUGGUUUUUUUGAAGAGAUAUAUGACAGGGGCCUUGUAACAGCAAGAGCAAACUGGAAAUCUCACCGCAAGCUACUGAACCCAGCGUUCAACCUGCAAGUGCUGCAGUCAUUCGUCGGCGCAUUCUGCAAAGAGGCAAAACUCCUCGUGACUUCUCUCUCCUCGGAGGCAGGGAAGGGACCCUUUGACAUUCAGCCAUACCUGAUCACCAAUUUCUUAGGAACCGCGUGCCGAACCACAUUUGGACCCAACUUCGAUGAGAUAAGUGAGGCUCUAGAAAAUUAUGCACACGCAACUGAUGAAAUAUUUCUGCUGUUCAUGCAAAGAGUACAAAAUGUCAUGUUACAUUUAACGUACAUCUAUAAAUGGACUUCGGCAAGCAAGCGAUUUGGUGAGCUUGGCGACAUCGUGAAAGGAAUAACUAGCUCGGUCAUCACAAAUCGUAAAACGGAACUGAAAUCGAUGAAGCAUUUUGACGAAGUUGAACAGCCUGAUACAGAUAACUUUGUGCCUCUGUUGGAUCGAAUGCUAGAAUUGGCUGAUAAACAAGAUGCCUUCGAUGAUGAUGAGAUGAGGGAACAUUUGGACACUAUAGUAGCAGCUGCUUACGAUACAAGUGCUACAGCCUUGACGUUCAUUUUGGUAUUGAUCGGAUCACAUCCUGAAGUACAAGAACGAAUGGUUCAAGAGUUUCAAGAAGUACUGGGUGAUCAAGAAAGAGAUGUGACCAGACACGAUCUGCCAAAACUCGUGUAUACGGAAGCAGUGAUAAAAGAGUCUUUGAGGUUAUAUCCCCCAGUUCCCAGAAUCGCUAGGACUUCUUCCACAGACGUCAAACUAAAGAAAUAUACCCUGCCAGCCAAAUGUACAUACUUGAUAUCUGUGUACGGUCUUCAUCGGCAUCCAGUUUGGGGGCCCGACAAGGACCAGUUCAUACCGGAGAGGUGGCUGGACCCGGCGCGGUUGCCUAAAAACCCUUUCUUUUUCGCUGGCUUUAGUCUUGGGAAAAGGAAUUGUAUCGGUCGAUUAUAUGGCAUAAUGGCGCUGAAAACGACUCUCGUGUAUAUUUUGCGAAAAUAUCGUGUUCACAGUGAUGUUGAGAAAUUGGAUACAAAAUGUGACCUUCUUAUGAAACCAGCGUCUGGACAUCAUAUGAGUAUAGAAUUAAGAGCGUGAUAAAGAAAAAAUUAGUUCCAUAUCUUAGUUGAUAAAGAGUACCCGCACAGUGCCAACUAAACAGUCGGCCGAGAGCUGGUCCGAUUGUAGUUUCUUUUUAAAGAAGUCUUGAAGUAAGUCAAACUUUUUAGUUGGUCUAAAACCGGCCACACACAUCGUUGUUAUUUGCAUACCACCAUUUAUUUCUAUACUGAUUUAUAAGCCAGAGAGAAAUUUCGGCCGACUGUUUCGUCUACAGUGUGCGGGUGCUCUUGGGUACCAACGUUGACUAGCGUUGAUUCUUAGUACAAUAUUAUUUUGUAAUUGCCAGCAAGCAGCUAAAUAUUCUUCGUCUUAUUAUAAUUAUUUUAUUAGUAUAAGAUAAUUGUGUUAAGUAACUUAUUGACAAAAAAACCUUUGCAUGCCAAAAGGCAGAAUGUACUUCGGU